GCUCGCGAGGAUCGCGGCGACAGCGGGCAUCCAGAUACAGCACAGUCCUCCGUCGGCGCGGGCACAGACCGACGUCUCGCACCGACGCUCGCACUCGCCAGCCACCUGCGCACGUCAAAACUUUACGUGCCACUGUCAAUUUGUGUUGCCCGUGUUCGAGGACUAACAUAUUGAACUACAACGGCUAUUUUAAGCUGCCUUCCCAUAUACUUAAUUCGCAAGUGCCGGCAGGAUUGUGACGAUUUAACAACUUGUGUGAAAAGCAUCUCUGUCGAGUUUCGUGCCUGUUGCAUCUUUAAAUAACGGUGGCGAUGAAAAUGGCCGAGCAAUUUGCAAAACUAGUCUGCCAGGCGAUGCCAAUAUUAACGACAUGAACCUUACAAUUCCAGUUUUUGGCUACGCAACCUGACAAAAAAUUAUACUCUUGAUAUCUUUAAGUCAACAUCAUGAACUUGAAAGUCAUCCCCCUUCUCCUAACUUGGAAUUUUAUUUUUAUAUCAGCGACUCGAGAUUCUUUAGAAGAUGAGGAAACGGCUAGAGCGAGAGAAAUACGCAAUAGAGAGAACAACCGCAACAGAACCACCUUUAAUGGAACACUCACGGAUCUGCCCGAAAGGCGAAACUUGAGGCAUAGAAACAGUUCAAAGUUCCGGGGCCACAGGCGCCGGGCCUGGGACCGCGAGUAUGAUGUUAGGAGAGACAGAAGGAAAGGGCCAGAUGCGCACUCCUCCGACGAGGCAGCAUCCAACAAAACCACCGACCUUUUUCUGAAGAAAGAGGAGAAGCCACGUAAAAGCGACAAGCAAUUGAAUAAAAAUAACAAUAUGGAAAAAUCUUUUGGAGGAAAGAAGCCUCUUAGCCAAAGUAAAAUGCAAGAAAGGAAUCAUCAAGUACCGCUUAAAGACAACAGCACGCGAGCCAAGGGGAGGGUGAGCAACAAGCGGCAGAGCGGCGGGCACAUUCCGUUCCCGCAGCCGCGCGAGCGCAAGCCCAACAUCAUCAUCGUGCUGACGGACGACCAGGACGUGGAGCUGGGCAGUCUGAACUUCAUGCCGCGGACCAUGAAGGCCAUCAGGAGCGCGGGCGCCGAGUUCCGCCAUGCCUACACCACUACGCCCAUGUGCUGCCCCUCCAGGAGCUCACUGCUGACUGGCGUGUACGUGCACAACCACAACGUGUACACCAACAACGACAACUGCUCGUCGCCCAUGUGGCAGGCCAAGCACGAGACCAAGACCUUCGCCACCUACCUCUCCAACGCGGGCUAUCGCACCGGCUACUUCGGCAAGUACCUGAACAAGUACAACGGGUCGUACAUCCCGCCGGGCUGGCGCGAGUGGGGCGGCCUCAUCAUGAACUCCAAAUACUACAACUACAGCAUCAAUAUGAACGGCAAGAGGAUCAAACAUGGAGAUGACUACCAAAAGGACUACUACCCGGACCUGAUCGCAAACGACUCCAUAGCGUUCCUCCGCGCUUCGAAGCGCCGUUUCGCGCGCAAGCCGGUUCUGCUCGUCAUGUCGUUUCCGGCGCCCCACGGGCCAGAGGACUCCGCGCCACAGUACUCGCAUCUCUUCUUCAAUGUGACCACUCAUCACACUCCGACCUACGACAUGGCCCCGAACCCGGACAAGCAGUGGAUCCUGCGCGUGACGGAUAAGAUGAAGCCGAUCCACCGUCAGUUCACCGACCUGCUCAUGACCAAGCGGCUGCAGACGCUGCAGAGCGUGGACAUGGCCGUUGAACGGGUUUAUCAAGAGUUGAAAGCACUGGGUGAACUAGACAACACGUACCUGGUGUACACUUCCGACCACGGCUACCACCUCGGGCAGUUCGGCCUGGUGAAGGGCAAGAGUUUCCCCUUCGAGUUCGACAUCCGCGUGCCCUUCCUUGUUAGGGGUCCUGGUGUCGAGCCUGGCACUGUUGUGGACGACAUCGUGCUGAACAUCGACUUGGCUCCAACGUUCUUGGCCAUGGGCGGGGUGGCGCCGCCCGCGCACAUGGACGGCCGCUCGCUGCUGCCGCUGCUGCAGCCGCGGCGCCGCCGCCAGCCAAGCGCGCACUGGCCGGACACCUUCCUUGUCGAGAGCUCGGGCCGUCGAGACAUGCAGCAUUCGUCGAGCAAGUACAGCCGCGAGCUGAACCCGGGCGGCACCGGCGCGCCCUCGUCCGAGAGCAGCGACUUUGAUGACACCGCCGACGACGACUUCCUCGAGCCUAACGAUGACGACGACGACGAAGAUGACGAUUUAGAUGCGGACCAUAAUGAGUCCAAAGCGUCGGUGGAACCAACAAUAUCCAACGAGAGUAACCCUAUUCUGGAUGACAGCUUGGAAAAACUUGAAUCAGACGAGGCCAGUUUGGAUGCCCAAGAUAUUUUCUUUACACACCCCGAUAAAAAAUCUAUUGUGCAAGGGACAGAAAAUGGCAUAGCGGGCGGAAAGGCGGGUAGGCUCGCCGACGACUGCUCGCAGGCGGAGGCGCGGCUGCCGUGCGCGCCGGGCCGCAAGUGGCGCUGCGUGCUCGUCGCCGGCCGCUGGCGGCGCCACAAGUGCAAGUACGAGGGCGAUAUUGGCGUGGCGCCCCCGAAGAUGAGUACCAAGAAGUGUGCGUGCUUCACGCCCAGCGGGUUGGUUUACACGAGGCUGGAGACGGACGGGACCAUCGCGCGGCGUCCAAUCGCACCGCUCAAAGACAAUACCACCAGAAGCCGUAGAUCUAUCGAUAACGACGUCUUUGAACCCAAUACUGUGGAUAGCAUUCUAAAGGAAAAUCCGAGUAUUGGACAUUUAAGUUCCAAAAAUGAACCUAUCAGUGAAAUCGAGAACAGGAACUUGACUGACACAAUUGAUAAGCUAAUAGAGGAGACGGAGGCCUUCCUAGAGGCUUAUGAACGUACCAAAGAUAAUAUAGGUAAGACGAGAAUAAAGCGACGGGCUCAGAAUUGGAACAAACAUAAACAACGCAAUGAUGCUAUCGUCAACAGUAAUGAGUCAUCGUUGGAAUGUAAAAUUGAAAGAGACGGACAAGUGAACUGUUCUCAAGUUAUUUAUAAGGACUUAAAAGCCUGGCAUACUAAUAGAUUAAGUUUGGAAGAUCAAAUAAGGCAACUGAAAACUAAACUAGAAGAUUUAAAAGAAAUCAAGAGACAUUUAAAGACAACUAAACCUGCCGUUAGUACAAAUAUACAUCAGACAAACCCCAUUCACGCGUCCUCGUUUACGGAUCAGAUACCGAUAAAAACUGAUGCGCCGACUCAAAUUAAUUCCAAAGAAUAUUUCAGAAAAGGUAGAUUGCAUCGCAUUAAAUCAAAACACAAGAACGGAACACAUUUCGAUAAAAAGUUCAGCCAGUCAAACGAGUAUCUCAUUCCUACUAUAAACGUUAAUACCAAAGAUGUGUUCGACACACAAUUCAAGAAUGUUAGUGUAGCCGAGGUACCUUCGACUGGUCAGAGUAAUUCCACAAACGAAGAUAAUGUCACCAAAAAUACCCUUAUAUUAGUUACUGAACUGCCAAAGCUCGAAGUUACUACUAUUACAGACGGAAACUACUUUGGUAGGACUGAUUCCCCACUAGUGGAAAAAGAAACACAUAAUGCCAAUACCACUGAUAUUACAAUGUCUAAUACAGAACAAAGUAUUUCAGAAAUUACCCAAACAUUUGAAUCUGCUAGUCCAAAACAGGUAGCGCAUGUGGACCAGCACACCGAACAUUCUCCUGUAGACUUCACGCAAGGUCUAUCCAACUUUAAUUCCGCUAUUGACGAUAUUUUAUCUUCCCAACUUCCGGGUGCAGUCAACAGUGAGAUAUCAUCAACGCCGGCUUCCUCGACAACUACAUUGGGCAGCACGACUCCGGCCGCGACCAACUUGGGGCCGGCAAGGCUCGACGCAUCCGAGUAUGAACAGCGGAACCCGAAUAGGGGUGUUUCAACUAACACUGGAAUCUUUAGUAAGCCGAAAGACGAUUUUCAGAGACGACUUCACCCUUUAUUCAUAGAAAAUGAAGAUAAACAUGUUUGUUACUGCGAGGAGAACAGAAAGAUGCGAGGCCUCGGACAUAGCUAUUUGGAGGCAGUCCAUCGUGCUAGAGAGGAACGUAGAAAAUUAAAAGAACAAAGACUAAGGAAGAAGCUAAGAAAGGCUAAAAAGAAGGCGGAGUUGGAAAGGUUAUGCGAGUCUGAGAGAAUGAACUGCUUCCGGCACGACAACGAGCACUGGCGCACGGCGCCGCUGUGGACCGCCGGGCCCUUCUGCUUCUGCAUGAGCGCCUCCAACAACACCUACAACUGCGUCAGAACCAUCAACGCGACGCACAACCUGCUUUACUGCGAGUUUGUCACCGGCCUAAUUACCUACUAUAAUCUCCGAAUUGAUCCCUUUGAAACUCAGAACAGAGUGAAAUACUUGACCGCUAUGGAGAGAGAAUACUUCCACAAUCAACUACAACAGCUUCUCAGCUGCCGCGGGCCCUCAUGUCGCCGACACUCCUACUCAAAUCCGCAGGGCCUGACAGAAGACAGAAGGCGUUUCGAAGAUAAUCACAUGUUUCGAGGUGACUCUACCCCGUAUAAUGAAAGAGCGUGGCGCUGGAGUGGCUACGGGCGGCGGUACGCGAGGGCGCGAGCGCUGCAUCGGCGUCGACACACGCUGCCCUACUGACUAGUCCCACCACUGCCGAUUGCUCGUAACCAAAACCGUGAUAUUAUCGUUGAGUAGUUUGAGUCUUCUUAGAACACCGUUUCAAACUUAAACAGUACCUACAAUGAUCAUCAUUGGCGUCAUAAACUCGGCUGCCAAUUAUGAGUAUCUUCAUAAAUAGUAAUAUUCGACAUGCAUAGUGAUAUACAUAGUGUCGGUUAUAAUUUGUGAAAGUGUUUAUUUUUUUUUACUAGGUAGUACAGAUCGUACACCUUGUAUGUAACAUGUUUGUUAAAUAAAUAAAAUUUAGGUAAUUUAUGUAAUGCAUGAGCGUUGUAUGAAGGGUUAAAAAGUCUUUGAUAUUUUUAAUACUAUAUUUUAUAUAAUUUGCAAGCUGGUAACAGUCGGUCUUUGUUUUAUAUUAUAAUGAAACAACGAGCCAAUAUUUCCAUUGAAUACUUCUGCCGAGAUACAUGGUUUAUUAAGGGAAAUCCAUAGUUAGAAUGGCUUUACUUGUAUGAAACAAAUCAAAUCACUCAAAAUACCGUUCUUUUUUAAAAAAAAAAACAGCCUAUCUUGUGUACCACUGCUGGGCAAAGGCCUCCCCUUUCUUUCGCCACUCAUCACGGUUUGGUGCAUGCUUGAGCCAGUCGAAAAGCGUCGAGGUCAUCCCACCACACCAUCUCUUUUUUGGCCUGCCUCUGCCCGGCUUAUCUGUGGUGUCUAUUUGGUAGCCAAUAUGGCCCACCGAUCCGGGUGCAUACGUUCAUAGUUCUAUAUAAUAUAGAUAAAAAUUGUAUUCCUAAGUUUGUGACACUGGACAUAAGGUACCAAACAAUAUUGAGGUAUUUUAAACAUAACACAAUCCCUUCUGCCAAAUAUUCCCAUUACCCAGUGAAGAUAUGUAUAGAUAGACGGAGAGAAAGGAGUCAGUUAUAGUUUAAAAAUAAAACAACAUAUUUGUAUUUUUCCUGAUCUCUCCAUUAGUUUAGCUUUAAUCUGAUUUUUAUUUACGUUUUAAAAACAUAGUCCAAGAGCUGGCAACAAAAAUCUCACGUCAUAUCAUAAUAUAUAUGUAUUAUAGGGGCAAUCUUACACAAAAUGACUAAGUCCCACAGUAAGCUCAAGUAAUCAAGGCAUCAUAACUUCGAAUAAUACGUUAUAUCCUCAAUUACUUGUAUACAGUAUCCAGAUAUAUCUGUAAGAGUAAACUGACGUGUACGAGCGCGUAUUUGAUGAGAUUACUGCGUGUGUUGUGAUAUGGUGAUUGUUUUAUUUUUAUGACUUAUGAUGCAUUUGUUUCUGAUAAAAUAUCAGUUGGUUGCUGAAAGAAGCGGCGUUUAGCGUUUAUACAUGAUUUUUAUGUCACAGCCAUAUUGAAAGUAAAAAGAUGAACUAUACGUUCACUGUCCUCAUACAAAAUUAUAUACUUAACAAAGACACACAUCCUAUUAGUGUGCUUCCACUUUGAAUUUGUGAACUCAUAGUGGAAGCACAGACUCCUGAAAGAAAGCCUCAUGUCCCCACGGACAGGAAAUGUGAUAAAAUUAUCUUUUGGGGUGAAUUUUUACAUCAUUUUUUUUACCUAAACACCUCCCCUUUCACCAGCCAUACUGCCUGAAAGUCAGCCAAGGAUAGCCUAGAAACAUUCAACCAUUAUAAAAAGAUGUGAAAAUGUUAGUGCCAGCUCUCCCUCUGAUAGGAUCUUGAGGUAGCAGACACAAUUUAGUAUUGAGAGGAGCUGCUGGGGCUGGGGCCCAUUUCUCACAAGCUUGUUCUCGUAAUAUAAUCAGAUGUCACUUUUUGACAACUUUUGUUAGAAAGGACUUCCACUUUAUUAAAAGUUAAAAGCUUUUGAGAAACGGGCCCCUGGUUGGUCUACUGUCAACUGGGCAAACGAGCUCCUCUAAAUGUAAGUAAUGUUAUUGAAUCAGUCAGUAUGUGUGGUAGGAAGUAUGCUAUUAUCUUGUAGAGAUAUUUAAGUGAUAAUAUACUGUUGCCAUUGUGAUGAAAUGUGUAUUGGUUUUUGUAAUAAAAUAUUAUAAAUGA